CCAUGGAGGCGUCGGGGCCGGCCCGGGACUCCCGCGGGGUGUCCGUCCAAGUGUGCGCUCCGCCCUAUGGGCGGGACCCCGACUGGACGUCAGCGGACGAGCUGGCUCCGCCCCCGGGCUCCGCGAGAGAGUGGGUAGAAGAGCCCUCCCCAGCCCUGGCCAGCCGCUCUCCCCAGGAGACUGUCCAGCAGAGCAUGGCGAGUCGGGAGAAGGCGAGUGUCUCGGGCCACAUGUUCGACGUGGUCGUGAUAGGAGGUGGCAUCUCAGGAUUAUCUGCUGCUAAACUGUUAGCUGAACAUGAAGUUAAUGUUUUGGUUUUAGAAGCUCGGGGCAGAGUUGGAGGUAGAACGUACACUAUACGAAACAAACAUGUUGGUUAUGUGGAUGUUGGUGGGGCUUAUGUGGGACCCACCCAGAACAGGAUCCUAAGGUUAUCUAAGGAGCUGGGCUUAAGAACCUACAAAGUGAACGUAAGCGAAUGUGUUGUUCAGCAUGUCAAGGGGAAAUCUUACCCAUUUCGCGGUGCCUUCCCUCCAGUCUGGAACCCCAUUGCAUAUCUGGAUUACAACAAUCUGUGGCGGACAAUGGAUAACAUGGGAAAGGAGAUUCCAGCUGAUGCACCAUGGGAUGCCCCGCAUGCCGAAGAAUGGGACAGAAUUACGAUGAAAGAACUCUUUGAUAAAAUCUGCUGGACAGAGACAGCUAGGCGGUUUGCUUCUCUCUUUGUGAACAUCAAUGUGACCUCUGAGCCUCACGAGGUGUCUGCCCUGUGGUUCCUGUGGUAUGUGAAGCAGUGUGGUGGCACUACCCGGAUUUUCUCGGUUACCAAUGGGGGCCAGGAACGGAAGUUUGUAGGUGGCUCUGGUCAAGUGAGCGAACUGAUAAUGGAGCGUCUCGGGGACAGAGUGAAGCUAUGUCAGCCUGUCACCUGUGUUGACCAGUCAGGUGACAACAUCAUCGUACAUACGUUGAAUGGUGAAGUUUAUCAGUGCAAAUAUGUAAUCAGUGCCAUCCCGCCCACUCUGACGACCAAGAUUCACUUUAUUCCAGAGCUGCCAACUGAGAGAAACCAGUUAGUGCAACGCCUUCCAAUGGGAGCUAUCAUUAAGUGUAUGAUGUAUUAUAAGGAAGCCUUUUGGAGGAAGAAGGGCUACUGUGGUUGUAUGAUCAUUGAAGAUGAGGAGGCUCCAAUUUCAAUAACCCUGGAUGACACCAAGCCUGAUGGAUCAUACCCUGCUAUCAUGGGCUUCAUUCUUGCUCGGAAAGCUAUCCACCUCGCUAACCUUCAGAAAGACCAAAGAAAGAAAAUAAUCUGUGAGUUGUACUCCAAAGUGCUGGGAAGCGAGGAAGCUUUACAGCCAGUGCAUUAUGAAGAAAAGAAUUGGUGCGAAGAACAGUAUUCUGGAGGCUGCUACACCGCCUACUUUCCUCCUGGCAUUAUGACUAAAUAUGGAAGGAUAAUUCGAGAACCAGUAGACAGGGUUCAUUUUGCUGGAACGGAGACUGCCACACAUUGGAGUGGAUACAUGGAAGGAGCUGUGGAAGCCGGAGAGCGAGCAGCUAGAUCGAUCUUGAAUGCUCUGGGAAAAGAGACAAAGCAAGACAUCGAGGAGCCUGAGUCAGAGGAGGUCCCAGCUAAGGAAAUCACACACACUUUCUGGGAAAGAAACCUCCCCUCCGUGCCAGGCCUGCUCAAGAUCAUUGGGUUCUCCACAUCAGUGUCCGCCGUGUGUUUUCUGGUGUGCAAGUACAGGCUGCUAGAACGAUGCUGAAGCACUCUGUGCUUACUCUUUUCCAGUACCAUCAGAAGGAAAACGUUGACAAAUUAAUGGCUGUGUCUCAUUAGACUAUUGUUAAGUGCACUGGAUGUAACACCUUAGUUUAGUCUGUGUUAAAGUAAAAACAACUUACAGAAUCCCACCUAAUAACCGGUAAAGAGCAUGCUCCAUCUUAUUUGUCUGUGUAGACUCAUAUUGUUUGGUAGAGAAAAUUCUUGUGAUCAGUUUCUUAAUUUCAAGUUCAAGUGCUCAUCAGAAAUGAUUUCUGUGACCUGUUUUUCUCCCCUUUAACAUAAAAUGCCUGGUGAUUACAGAAAUGAAACCUUUCACUUUAUGUAGAGGUUGAAUAGGUGAAUGCCCAGGGUUAGCUUGUCUAUUUUCCCGUUUUUCUUCUUAAAGAGGAGAGUGUUUACCAAGGCAUAAUGACUAAACUGACUUUCUGUGGCUUCUGUGCAGCUCUCCGGGUGAGCAGAGUGAACUAGUGACAGGGUUGUCCCCAUGAGGCCUCGCUGGCUAGCUCUCCAUGAAGCAUCUUUUCUUCCUGGAAGAUGGCUAGACAUCACUUCACUCUUUAUUGACAACAUUUUCUGCCAAUUUCAAGAAAGCAGUAUUUUCCUUUUGUAACUUUUAUUUCAGGUAGACCCUGGCUGUCUGAAAGCCCCUAGUGGCAUAUAUAUAUAUUUUUUCCUAUGACCAUAAUAGCAUUACAGAGCUCUUAACUUAAAUAUGUCUUUAACAUAGUUAGCUUAGAGUAAACGUUAGCAUGAUAAUUUCUCUCAAAUAAUGGAAAUAGACAUUAAAAUUUUCUUAUUAUUUGUUGAGACUAUCAGAUACAGAAAGGAAAUUAGGGCUCUGUAUUAUAAAUUCACUUGCCUUAGUUAUUAAGUUUUCUAAAAGAAAUGGAAUUGAGUGAUUUCACAUAUGAACACUAAGUUCUCUUAAGGAGUAAUGUGGGCCAAGAACAGUGCCUACCUCUUGUCUUUUGCAUUUUAAAAACUGUCAGAAUUUGAAAGCUGCUUCCAAAGGUUUCAGCCACAAAACACAUAUUUUCUUAGUAUCAAUACCUGGGGAAAAUAUCAACACACAUGUGAUCAAAUAAAGCAGUUGAGAAGGUUCAGUGGACUCAGGUACACAAGUGGUGGGGAUACAGUAACACCUUCUCCUGCAUCAUCAAUGAAUGAUAGCUGAAACUUACUCUUUUAUGUGCCAAAAAAUUUAAAUACAAGUAUUGAAGAUAAUACUUCCACACAUUAUUAAACAGGCUAGAUUCAAAAUAUUAUUUUUUCUCAGGUCAGUUAUAUGCCUCAGUUGUCUUAUGCUUUUAUCAUAGAGCAGAUACCAUUGUGUUUGCCCCUUCACUAAGUAUCACAUUUGUUUUAUAGCUGUUGAGUCGACUGCUUCUUCUGUCUUCUGUAUUCAGCAUUUUUUUCCCCAUAUCUUUAUCUUCUAACACUCCUUAACCUAAUCUAUUUUUUAUUGAAUGGGAAUUAAAGACUGCCAUAGAAAACCAACCCAAGUUUAUUGCAUAAUUAACCUUAUCAUAAGUCCAAAAUUAAGUAAUGGCCCUGGUGUGAGGACUUAAGGUAUUUGUUUUGCCUAUCCUAAGAGCAAAGAGCAGGGUUUUUAUGCUGCUCUUUGCCUUUCAUUUGAAAAGUGUCUUAGCUAAUUUAGGAGUGUUGGCAAUGUCUUGCAUAUGUUCUAUUACAUAAGGAGGUGCCACAUAUACCAAACCGCUUGGCGAGGUCACAUCCCUGACCUAUUUCAGUUGUUUGUUCAGUUAAUGGUUAACUCAGUCGUGAACCUUAUGGGGGAAAAUUAACUGGCAAAUUUCACAGUAAUUAGGUUGAUAGGAUAUGCAAGUCUUGAAUGUUAAAAAACUCCUGAGUAUGCAAUUACCCUCUUCUCAGAAUUUUUAGAAAAGUCCUAAGCUACAGAUAAUCAAAAUGGAUGUCAGUCCAAAUGUGCAUAAACUUGAAAUCAGAGCCAAGAGCUCCCACCUUAUAAGAGAUUGUUCAACACCAGAUACCAUAGGUCUUUUCAAUCCAGAGAAACUAGUUAGUUCAUGCAGUUGAUAGUGGGUUGCCCUGUUAAGGCGUCUUGUUUCACAGUUCUGAAAACUGAGUUGGCCUUACUCCAUUGUAAGAUUAAGAACUUCAUUUUAAAAGUUAUCCUUUUUUUUGUCAUAACUGUUAAGUAUUUAUACUACACUGAAGAGAAAUAUUAUAAGGUCACAAACUACAUUUUGUUUGUGAACUUGAUGCCUAAUGUUCUGUCUGAAAUGUGCCCCAUUGCUACUUGUGGGACUCUGCAUAUGUGUGUUUUUGUUUGCAAAUGAAAUAUGCUUCUGUGUGUAUGGUACUGUUUCAUUUCUUAAUAAAGUGCACUGUCACCUGACUCA